UGUGGCUCUUGGCGGAAAUUGCAGACCAAAUAACAGGGAGUUUGAAGUCCCCAACAUGCCAACCAGCACUGUGUGUGUGUGUGUGUGGUGGGAUUAAGACAGAUGAACAACAAACAUCCUCGGGCAAGCAACACGAGCAAACUGCAGACAUGGACUUCAGCGGCACCUGGAAAGUUUAUUCUGAAGAAAAUGUGGUGGAUUUCUUAAAAACAAUUGGUGCUCCUGACAUGAUGGUCAAAAUGCGGAAGGACAACAAGCCAGUGAUUGUGAUCGAGCAGAAUGGACAAGACUUCACCUGCACCAUUAAGACUCCUGUGAUCACUAAAGUCCACUCCUUCACCAUCGGGAAGGAGACAGAGAUGACUGCUGUGGACGGUAGAAAGUUUAAGUGCAUUGUCAGAGAGGAGAAUGGGAAGCUGAUCACUGAGUCUGAAAAGUUCACAUCAGUCCGUGAGAUCCAUGGGGACGAGAUGAUUGAGACUAUGACUGCUGGCUCUGUGACUUUCAUCUCCAAAAGCAAACGGGUCUGAUUGACACCUGGAAGCAUUUGCGCUCUCUCCCAGUUUCUCAGCUUCCAGCAGAGGUCCAUUUGGAAAUAACAUAAAUCAAAAAAAGUCAUCAUAUAAUCCUUAAUAUGAAUAAAUUGGAGUGAUAAAAUGAA